AUGGCCGUCCCAGCUACUUCUGCCGCCGAGGCGCAGGCGGAGUUGCCCUCUGAACAACCACCGCCGCCUGCGCCUACAUCUGCACCAGACCCUCAAGCAGAACCAGAGAAGACUGUAUCGUCGACUGCGGACUCAACCGCUGUGGCACCUGCGACGACGAACGACUCUGCACAGGGCGCCCCUCCUCCAGACUUUGUGCCUGCCGUCCCUGAUCUGAACGGAACUUCAGACGUGCCGUUUGAUCCCUCCGCAUAUGGCAUGAACGGCUAUUCCAUGACCGAUCCUAACUUCAUGCAACCUCAGAUGGACUUCAUGCAAGCUCCCAUGAUGGACGUUCCAAUGGCGCAGCCGAUAUCCGCUGACGAAAUUGCUCUUUACGAUCGUCAAAUCCGACUCUGGGGAGUCCAAGCGCAAGAGAAGAUCCGCUCCGCAAACAUUCUACUUAUUGGUCUCAAGGGCUUGGGCGCUGAGAUUGCGAAGAACCUGGUGCUAGCCGGCGUCGGAACGCUCACCAUCCUCGACGGCGAGGCUGUUGCUGACCAUGAUCUUGGUACGCAAUUCUUCGUAUCGCAAGAGCAAGUUGGACAGAAUCGCGCCCAAGCAGCACAGCCCGAGAUCCAGAAGCUCAAUCCCCGUGUCAACCUCUUCGUCGACCCCGACAUCGUCUUCAGCAAGAUGCCAGAGUAUUUCUCUUCCUUCGACCUAACGAUCGCGACCGGACUUCCCAUCGAGGCCAUCAGCUCCAUCAAUACGUCUUGCCGCAACUUCAACCGCAAAUUCUAUGCCGCCGAUACGCAUGGCAUGUACGGCUAUAUCUUUGCCGAUCUUGUCAUUCACCAGUUCGUACAAGAACGUCUACAAUCCAACGUCCCUACCCAGCUUGGUAAGCGCGAAACUGCGUUUCGCAGCGUGAUUGGCGUCUCUGAGAAGACUGAGAAUGGCAAGAAGAUGGAAGUCGUCACCAAGCAAGAGGAAUACUCGCCUUUCCUGCUGUCUAACCUCUCGCCUCUCCCGGCCGAGGCCACUAAGACCGUCUCCAAGCGCAAGAAGGUGUCGCCUCUGCUUUCGUGCUUACGUGCCCUCUUCGAUUUCCAACAGCAGAGCGGUGGCCGCUUACCCGUUCACAGCCAGCAAGACCUUGCUAUUUUCACCAAGAUGGCGCACGAUAAACAUCUCGAACUGCAACUGCCACCCGAGACCAUGAAGGCCGACUUUCUACGAAGCUUUCUGCAGAAUCUAGGCGCUGAGCUUAGCCCCGUUGUUGCUUUUCUGGGCGGUAGACUGGCACAGGACGUAAUCAAUGUGCUGGGUCAGCGGGAGCAACCACUGCAGAAUUUCUUACUCUUCGAUGGUGAGACAUUCACGAGCUCUACCUAUGCAUUACAGCCAGUCUUCGACGAGAGCAUGGCAGUGGGUAUGGGUAUGGAUAUGGCUAUGGGCACGGAUGGAGGCGCAGUGGAUGCGGCUGCGGGUGGUCAGAACGGCACAGUUGCUGCUGCUUAA